AUGAGGUCCACGGGGACUAGGGUCAAGACCUAUCAAGGUCCGCAGGGACCACUCCUGGUCAGGGCACUCUUCAUUCCACGCUCAACUCCCCGUUUAUUUUUCUGCACGAUGCGAUCGUCGUCGGCGGUUCUUCCGAGCCAGUCGUUGACAUGGCCCACAGUGGUUGAACGUUCAACUCCUUCGUCCAUCUCGACAGGCAAGGUUCUUCCAGGUUUUUCGCUGCCUUUCUGUCACCCACGGCAAUGGAUGGACUCCAGGCCGGCCGGCGGGAAGCAACGCCCACCCACAUCGCCGACGCCGGCCAGCCUGCAGAAUAGGCCGCGCACACUGUCCACGCCCCGUCGACCCUGCGGGUGCCUGGUCAGCGCGUAAGCAGCCAGUAAGCAGCCACGAAGCACCACAGAGCAGCGCACACGCGCGCCCACAGAGGCCCGCCGAACCGCCAGGCUCCCACACCCGCGGGACGUGAUGCUGAUACUAUACAUGAGAUCACAGGCCUGCUAGGUCGACGCCUCGCCCAUCACAACGUGCCCGGUGCCGAGCGCCCAUCGCUCAGCUGCACCACCCGGUACAAAAGUAUGAUGCGCGUCGGCGCGACGCAGCACGGCAUGGAAGUGACAACCGCACGCAGUGCAAGUAAAUCACGGUCCUGAUAUGUCGGGCGGCAGCGCUCACCGCGUCGCGGUAUUAUGCUGUGUACGAGUCGGACGGCAUCUGGCGCGCAUGUGUCCUGAUGUUGGCACUGUCAGCGGUCCGCGUAAACUCGCGUCGCAUCUCGAUCCUGGGGUCGCCAGCCCGAAAUU